AUGGCCGAUUCCUCGACCCCGAACUACCCCGCAUCGUUGGACACUCUGUUCAGCGAGAUAUCGCUAAAAACCCAAUAUGAUCCGAUACGCAUAGAAGAUGGGCAAAUAGCACCAGUCCUCGAGCUGCCACUCGCAAAAGCGGUAUUCGGACACUCCUCUACAGACGAUGGGUCUCUCGAACGCGUAUCCCGAGGGGAAAUAUCAUACACCGAGCUUGUGUCGGAGAAAACAAAAGCAGUGGUUGCCGCACCUAUCGAUGGCCUAAACCCUGAGCAGCAGAGGUCCCAAUUGCUGCACAUCGGCCUCGCCGCCCUUUUCGCGUUUCUUCAAACCAACGUUACUGGUCCGCCGCUCGAAUUCAAAUCCGUAGAUGUUAUCGUGCCCUCAAUUUUACGGUCAAACCUCACCACGCUCCGAGCAGUUCGCGAUAGAGUCAUUCGGGAUUUCUCUGUCGAUGGGGAGGCGGCAUACAAGCUCACCCCGUGUGUGGAGCUCUUCGCUGUUGCGAAGGCUAUCCUGGUCGAUGCGGAUGUUCUUAUUGGAGAUGGCCCAUUAGUGGCCAGGACUAUACGGAUGCGCGUCAAUUUCCUGCACCAGAAGAUGCUAUCCGAGGUUACGAGCACGCUACAAGAUGCUAUCUACAAGGAUUUGGGCGUCAUUAGUAAGAGCUUGUUAGAUGUCAAGUCCUCUGCUUUGGAUAAGGGCAAGUUCUUGUUGGAACGUGCCACAGUCCACGUUCACCACGGCUUCGAUGCCAAGGCAAGAACCGAUCUCGAGAGCGCUGCUGCGGAGCGAAAGUUCGAGUUUGCGCUUACUGGCAGACUGGGGAAACGGACGAAGUUUCAGGACAGGGAUAUCAGUCAGCUUGUCAUAUUGGCGAAAAGUGCGGGCGAUGAAAGCAACACAGAUAAGAUUGAGGGCUCGGAUAAUGCUGACGGCGACGUAUCCGCGCCGAAGAAGUUGGACCUCAACGAUGAUACACUUUUGGAGACUAUUUCUUUCACUAAAUCCGAUAAGGAGUCUGAGGAGAAGGCUGUGACUGUGCAAGAGGAGUCUACGCUUCCGCCUGCGUUGGCGUCUCUUGACCCUGGAGAGCAGCCGAUGCUUGACCCAAUUGACUCUGCUAUCCUUCUCUCAUUCGCCGCCGCAAUCACUAAUACUAGGCCCGAGGAUGGACUUACUCGAGAGGAGACCGCACCUUAUGCUACAAGGGUUCUUGAUGGUGGCAGUUCGAACUGGCAAAUCUACACGCAGGGUUUGCUACUACGCAGCCGGAUUGAAGGGUACAGAUCCAGAACCGUGGAGAGAGCUGUUUUGCAGAUGCAAGCUGUCGUCGAUCAGGUCCUGGCGGACACGGCUACGCCAGACACUCAAACAACUGAAACUCAGCAAGAGCCAUCAACUUUCCUCCCAAGACCCGAGAGAGAGGAGUCUGCAUCGGCUGCAGAUCGACUCAAGUACAUCUGGCUACUGAGCUUCUCCACGCGUUGGGAUCUCGAAUCUGAGCUGGCCAACCGAUGGGUUAAUCUUGGAGGUCUUCGAACCGCUCUGGAAAUCUACGAACGCUUGCAGUUGUGGGCCGAAGUUGCGCUCUGUUACGCUGCGACGGAUAAAGAAGACAAAGCCAGGAUCACCGUCCGUAGACAACUCUACGAGCCAACAGGGCAAACCCCAGACGAUGAGAAUGAACAAUUCGAGGGGCCUGAGAUAUCUCCUCCUCCUGCCGACGCUCCCCGUCUGUUCUGCAUUCUCGGUGACCUCCAAAGUGAUCCAACCAUGUACGACCGCGCUUGGGAAGUCUCUAACCACCGAUAUGCACGCGCUCAGCGCUCUCUAGCCCGCCACUUCCUCACCCUGCAGCCUCCCGCUCUUGAAAACGCCGCCGAAGCCUACAAAAAGAGUCUGCACAUCAACCGCCUCAACCACGGCGCCUGGUUCGCCCUCGGUUGCGUCCAACUCGAGCUUCAGCACUGGGAUGGAGCAAUCGAAUCCUUCACAAGAACCGUCCAACUUGAAGACACCGACGCAGAAGCAUGGAGUAACCUCGCCGCAGCUAUGCUCCGAACCUCCAAACCCUCUGAAUCCGAUGAUACCCAAGAACAACUACUUCAAGAAGAACCACGCGAGCUAGCCGAGGACGAGGAAGAAUCCGAAGAACCCCGAAGUAUACCCCAAGAUCCCCAUAAGCGCAAACGCGAGGCCAUCGCAGCCCUUCACCGCGCCGCACAACUCAAAAACACCGACGUCCGCAUCUGGGAUAACCUCCUCACCGUCGCAGCUUCCAUCCCUCCCCCUUCAACUCCUUACCGCGACGUCAUCGCCGCCCAGCGCAAAGUCAUUGAACUUCUAGGCCCAAAGACUGGCGAAAAGUCAAUCGACAUCCCAGUCCUCGGAAUGCUAGUCGACCACCUCGUCACCGCAUACGAUUACAACGACCUUCUCAUCCAACCCAACUCUGAUUCGACGCCGACCGAGGGCCAGAAAUCAGACACCAGGCCAGAGCCCGUCAUCCGUAGCGGUACAAUCGCCGGCUCGAUCCUCUCACUAAUCGAAAACUCCGUCAUCCCCCUAAUAACCCACUCUGCGCCGCUCUGGCUCCUCGUCUCAACCGUCGAGCGCUUCCGCGAACGCCCUUCUAGAGCUCUAGAGGCGCACGAAAAGGCCUGGCGUGCGACUGUUGCGUCCGCGUCGCAAGGUGCGUUCCAGAUGGGCGAUGAGAAGCGGUGGACGGAUAUUGUUACUGCAACGGAGAGGCUGGUGCGCAAUGGGUAUGCAAAAUACGGCCCACUGGAUAGGGAGGAUGCAGUCCCUGGUGAUGAGGCGGAGCUUGUUGCUAAAGAUUGGAGAUUCAAGGCGAGAAGUGCGGUUCGUGGGAUUAUGGGCAAGGGGAAGGAGUAUUGGGAGGAUACGGAAGGGUGGGAAAGGUUGAGGGAGCUGCAGAGUGAGAUUGGGGGGAGGUAG